ACUUGUGGCGGAGUAUAUAGCUUAUGGUACAUGAGUAAGUAACCUUAAAAAAAAAAAAAAAAUCGGAUAAUGGUGGACAGUGUGAAGGGGGUGACUAAGGUGGCAGGAGGGUUUAUAGUCAAUAACAAAAUACCAAAACAUAAUUUUAAAUUUUGUAAACAAAAGUACGGCAACAAAUAAGUACCCGAUUGGAAAUGAUGCCAAAAAUCGACACCUUUAUUUGAAUGGACCCGACUAAGUUUCCGCCAAGUUGCUUCGAACCAAGGCCUGAAGUCACCUCUCUGACACACAAGGACCCAGGUUUUUGGAUGAUAGUACUCUCCUUGAUUGUGAAUUUAUGUUCUUAACCCGCUAGAAAAAGUGGCGGUUAUGUUCAAAUUCAAUUUCAAAUUUCUAAAUUUGUCUUGCUACUCUCGAAACAAGCUCUUUGAAUUAGUUCGUUACGUCCAUAAUGCUGUAAGUAUCACUCAGUCUACGUUUGAAUUGAACCGGGUAUUGAAUGAUUUAUCUAAAUCGGGUCGAAUAGAUGAAGCAAGAGACCUGUUUGACAAAAUGUCCGAUAGAGAUGAAUUUACCUGGAACACGAUGAUUUCUGGUUAUGCCAAUUCAGGAAGAUUAGAUGACGCUAAAAUUCUAUUUAAUGAGAUCCCAUUAAAGAAAUCCAUCACAUGGUCUUCUCUCAUAUCUGGGUAUUGUCAAUGCGGAUGUGAUAUUGAAGCAUUUGAGUUGUUUUGGAAAAUGCUGAUUGAGGGACAAAAACCUAGCCAGUACACCAUGGGUAGCAUUCUUAGGUUGUGCUCUUUAAAGGGUUUGCUUCAGAGAGGAGAACAGAUUCAUGGGUAUGUUUUAAAGACUUGUUUUGAUUCUGAUGUUUUUGUUGUUACUGGUCUUGUUGACAUGUAUGCAAAGUGCAAGCGCAUUUUGGAAGCCGAAUAUAUCUUUAAAAUGAUGCCUGAUGAGAAGAAUCAUGUGACCUGGACUACCAUGGUAACUGGAUAUUCUCAAAACGGUUACGGGUUUAGAGCAAUUGAGUGUUUCCGAGACAUGAAAGCUGAAGGUGUUGAGUGUAAUCAAUACACUUUCCCUGGUAUAUUGACGGCAUGUGCAGCUGUUUCAGCCUAUGAUUUUGGAGAACAGGUGCAUGGUUGUAUAGUUAGGAGUGGUUUUGGAGCCAACAUUUUUGUUCAAAGUGCAUUGGUUGAUAUGUAUGCUAAAUGCAGGGAUUUGAAUAGUGCAAGGAAGUUGUUAGUGAGUAUGGAGGUUGAUGAUGUGGUUUCUUGGAACUCCAUGAUAGUUGGGUGUGUGAAGCAUGGGUACAAAGAGGAAGCUCUGUCUUUGUUCAAGAAAAUGCAUGCAAGAGAAAUGAAGAUAGAUGAUUUUACUUUCCCUUCUGUUUUAAACUGUUUUGCUUCCAAUAUGGAUAAGAAAAAUGCAGUCUCUGUCCAUGGUUUAAUCGUGAAAACUGGAUUUGAGGAUUACAAGCUGGUGAAAAAUGCACUCCUUGACAUGUAUGCUAAGUUGAGACGACUAGAUUGUGCAGUUAUGUUGUUUAACCAUAUGCAAGACAAGGAUGUAAUCUCCUGGACCUCCUUGGUUACAGGAUAUGCACACAAUGGCUAUUAUGAAGAAGCCCUUAAAUUUUUCCGUGACAUGAAGAUCACAGGUAUAUGUCCUGAUGAAAUUAUUCUUGCCAGCAUUUUGAGUUCCAGUGGAGAACUGACAGUUUUGGAAUUUGGGAAACAAGUUCAUGCAACCCUUCUGAAAUCUGGCCUUGGAUCUUCUCUAUCUGUGGAUAAUUCCCUUGUGAUGAUGUAUGCUAAGUGUGGAUGCAUAGAAGAUGCUAAUCGUGUUUUUGAAUCUAUGAGAUCUCGGGAUGUAAUUACCUGGACAGCUCUAAUAGUUGGUUAUGCACAAAAUGGAAAAGGAAAGGAUUCCUUAAAAUUUUAUCAUCAGAUGCUUGCUAGUGGCAUAAAGCCAGACUUCGUCACUUUUAUUGGCUUACUAUUUGCUUGCAGCCAUGCUGGUCUAGAGGAAAAUGCCCGGCAAUAUUUUGAAUCAAUGGAAAAGGUUUAUCAUAUCAAACCAGGUCCUGAACACUAUGCAUGUAUUAUUGAUCUCUUGGGACGCUCCGGUAAACUCAAUGAAGCCAAGGAAUUACUUGAGCAGAUGGUUGUAGAACCGGAUGCAACUGUAUGGAAGGCACUCUUAUCUGCAUGUAGAGUACAUGGGAACUUGGAAUUGGGAGAGAGAGCAGCCAGAAAACUGUGUCAGUUAGAACCCAUGAAAGCAUUCCCAUAUAUUCUGUUAUCUAAUAUGUAUUCUGCAGCAGGUAAAUGGGAAGAUGCUGCGAAAAUUCGGAAGUUAAUGAAAUCAAGGGGGAUAGCUAAGGAACCUGGCUGUAGUUGGGUUGAAAUGAACAGCCAAGUGCACAUAUUCACAUCGGAAGACAGAGAGCAUCCGAUGACCGCUCAGAUUUAUUCCAAGAUUGAUGAGAUCAUGAUAUUGAUCAAGGAAGUUGGUUAUGUACCAGACAUGAAUUUUGCACUUCAUGAUAUGGAUAAAGAGAACAAGGAGCUUGGUUUGGCAUAUCACAGUGAAAAAUUGGCCAUUGCUUUUGCACUUCUGACGGUACCUAAGGGAGCACCUAUUCGAAUAUUCAAGAAUCUCCGGGUUUGUGGAGACUGCCACACUGCAAUGAAAUGCAUUUCAGGAGUAUAUCUCAGGCACAUUAUCCUGAGGGAUUCUAACCGUUUUCAUCAUUUCAAAGGAGGAAAAUGUUCGUGUGGAGACUACUGGUAGAAAUUAAAUCUUCAUCAGCAAUAUGUUAGUUUCUGUUCAAGGGGCACGAAAUCAGAGGCUGGAUCAAUGGCUGUCAGGGAUGGGUUCAAACUUAAUCGUGGUUGAAUCCAAAAUAAUUAGUUUAAGCCCACCACUAUUCAAGCGCGCCUCACUCAAUUGGUUGUUCUGUUUGCCAGAGAAGCCUUUGAAAAGUUAUUGGCGCAUACGAAGAAAGUGGUACCAAAUGAAGAAUAUUGGGAAAGAAAAAAAAGAAUAAAAUCACUAAAAGAGAUAAAUUUGUCUGCAAUUUUUCGUCGACUUAACUUGAUCUCAGCUGAAAGCAUCCCUGCUAGAGUUCAACUUAUUCUAAUCAAACAUCAAACCAGCUCAGAUUGUCAAUGGUUUCUCAGUUUUUUUUUUUUUCAAAAAUAGCGGCGUUUGAACAUUCUUUCUGUUAUUUAUUUGUGGCCCACUUUAUUAAUAAAUAGUUGAAAAUAUCUUCAAUGGUCAA